UCAGUUUGGGGUCGAGUAAGAUUUUUGAAUAUGUUAUUGUCCGAUGAAGUCUAUCAUACAUAUUGUAUCUUUUUCUUCUUAGAGAUGCCCUCCUGGCUUGGAAUUGCUGUGUUCGUUGACGACUCGCAUGUCUCCUGGCUAUCCGCUCGAUGCUCUUCAAGUGGCAUAUGACCGAUGUUUUGUCAUGUAUCCCAGCUCCCACAGCUGUACAUCGUUGAAUGACAGAUCUUGAAAACCCACUGUUCAGCAUUUGCACGGCACUGCAUGUGUAUGCGGCUGGUGAAAUUUCUGUGAUAUUCUGCUCUGGGAUGACUGUAAUCUGGACACGGUAUGGGAAUCGCCAUCAGUCGUGAAGAAUCCAAUCGUGAGUGGAGAGACGUCUGAUGAGAAGUCACUUGAAUACUGAGCUGCAGAAUGUUCUUCGUCUCCUAUUGUGUCGUCAAGCCGGAGAUUUGCUGCACAGGAACUCGCCUGCCUGUGUACCACCUCCAGUUGAGAUCCGUGUUGGUCGGAGAAGUCUGAUGUCACUGGGAAUUCCAUCCGCAUCCUUGACGAUGUAUGACUGUCUAUCACAAUGGUGUACCACAGCGUUGAAGUCUUCUUGACUACCGGUAACCAACCACCCGCCAUGAUACCAAGCAAAGGUGACUACAUGGUCCACGAUUUACAGAGACUGAGAGAAUAUAUGCAGGUUCCCAUCAAUCAGCCUAAAGAUGUAGCCGACGUCUUGUUCAACAAAGGAUCACUGCAGGCUCAGAGGUUUUUGACGGCCGUCGACAUGAAAUAUCCGCAGUUUACUGAAGCUCUUUCACGUCAGCUGUGGAUACGGAUCUGGAGCAAAGCGUUUGGAGCACCUACAAUUGUUGUCCACAUCGAUGGUAAAAAGAAGAAGAUAUUCGGUUGCGACCGGUUUCCCAUAUUAGCUAUGAUUCUUAGUGAAGAGUGGAGAGGACCACUGAUAGAGUUGAAAGGAAAACUUUGAGUGUUUGCGAGUUGUCGGUAGCAACAGCCAACUACCUGUGUGCUGUGUCGAUAUAUGUAUUACAUAUGAAAGAGGGCCUUUUUUGGACCCACAGAAUGCCUGGAUAAAUUCCUGCAUGUAUACAAUGCAGUGAAUACCUGGACCUACAAUUAAUCAAUUUACUUUUUCCUGUCUCUGGUGAUUUUAUGAUUGUGAAGAACGUGUACAUUGAUUUCUCAGAUAAAUUGUACAGUAGUAGUAUUUGUUUACAUCACACCAAUCUUUUUGAUUAAUAGUUUGAUAUAUCAAUUUUAUUUUUAUAAUUAAUUUUGAUAUGUGAAGUGUGUCCUAAAAAUGUAAUUGCAUGUAAUAAAAAUGAUAUGUU